AAAUAAAAGGGGGAAGGGAGUAGGCUGUAAAGAUGCUUGUGCUUUUAAUGUUUUGUUCUUCCCUGUUUCUUUAGGUGGAAAGGGCCUGUGGUUUUUUUUUUUUUUUGCUCUCUUCAUCAAGAAAAGUUAAGGUGAUGCAGAUGUAUUCUUCAUGGAGUACACAUUUCCUAAAGCAUAAACUAAGCAUCCAGGCCCAAGACACUGUGUGUUGUUAGAUGUACAAUGAAGAUUUUGGAACAAGUGGCUACAUAAGCUUGCUGAAGAUGUCUGUUUCAAAUCAACGAAGUUCUAUUAUUGUCAACCCUCCUCCACCUGAAUAUAUAAAUAACAAAAAUAGUGGCUGUCAAACGAAUCAACUUCAGUACUUACAGAGGGUGGUCAUGAAAGCCAUGUGGAGACACAACUUUUCAUGGCCAUUUCAUCUGCCUGUAGAUGCAGCAGCACUGAAUCUGCCUGAUUAUUACAGUAUCAUAAAGAAACCCAUGGACUUGAGCACAAUUAAAAAGCGUCUGGAACAUAAUUACUACACAAAAGCUGCAGAAUGCAUUGAAGACUUCAAAACUAUGUUUUUGAACUGCUAUAUAUAUAACAAGCCAGGUGAUGACAUUGUGUUUAUGGCACAAGAACUAGAAAAAGUAUUUUUGCAGAAGAUAGCACAAAUGCCACCAGAAGAAAGAAUAGUGAUCCUCAGCAAAGGGAAGAGAAAAGGAAAGAAGGCAGAAGAAAUUCAACAGCCCUUCCCUGGAACUUCUACACAAACCAUGACUUGGGAAGAGGCUGAAAGCAGCGAGCAGCCUCCAGUGACGACUGGAGAACUCCAGGUCACUCCGGCCCUUUUGCCUACAGCUUGCCUGCCUGCUCUGAUGCCAGCUGCAGUGCCUAUAACAAAAGCUAAAAAAGGUGUGAAAAGGAAGGCUGACACUACAACUCCUACUACUUCAGUAUUCACAGAAAGUAAAUCUUCUGCAACAUAUAAUGAAAAAAAAGCUGUUAAAACUUGCAGAGGAGAAAAUGAAUGCAUGAUACCAAGUAAGCUUCUGAAGGCAGCUUUGCCAGAUUCCCAAGAGUCACCUAAAAUUCGUAAAAAGGUUCGGUUACCAAAACAGCUAAAACAUUGUAAUGAGAUACUGAAAGAAAUGUUUUCCAAGAAACAUGCAGCAUAUGCAUGGCCUUUUUUAAAACCUAUGGAUGUUGAAUCCUCCACUGGUGAGAACCAGAAGACCACUAAAUGCCCUAUAGACCUGGGAACCAUUAAAAAGAAAAUGGAUAACUCUGAAUACAAAGAUACGCAAGAAUUUGCCACAGACGUCAGAUUAAUGUUCAUGAGCUGCUACAAACAUAAUUCUCCAGACCAUGAAGUAGUUGCUAUGGCAAGAAAGCUUCAGGAUGUUUUUGAGAUGCGUUUUGCUGAAAUUCCCGAUGAUCCCAUUGCAAGCGUUUCUCCAUCACAGCCCACAAGGGAAAUAGCAAAGACUUAUUCCAGUGAGAGCAGCAGUGAUGAAUCUUCAGAAGAAAAAUCUUCUGAGGAUUCUGAAAAUCAACAAGCAAUGCAGCUGGCAAAGCUUCAGGAGCAGCUUAAAGCUAUGCACCAGCAAUUGCAGGCUCUGACAAGAACAUCCUUACCUAGAUUGAAAAAGAAAAAAAGGAAGACUAAAAGAGAAAAAAAGAGGAACAAGGAAAAAAACAAAAUAAAAAGCCUCAUCCAAAGGAAGAAAAAUCUAAAACAUAAGAAGAAAUCUAAGCAAAAGCUGUCUUUAAGCAUUCAAUCAAAGAACACCAUGCAGCAUGUCUUGUUGGCACAUAAGUCAGAAGAUGAAGAUGGUGCCAAGCCUAUGAAUUAUGAUGAAAAAAGGCAGCUGAGUUUGGACAUAAAUAAACUCCCUGGAGAUAAGCUUGGAAAAGUAGUCCGUAUAAUACAGUCAAGAGAACCUGCUCUGAGGAACUCUAACCCUGAUGAGAUAGAAAUAGACUUUGAAACUUUAAAAGCUUCAACACUCAGAGAACUGGAGAAAUAUGUGGCAACUUGUUUGAGGAAGAGACCAAAAAAGCAACGUGCUAGAAAAACAACAAAAUCAAAAGAACAACUUAAUUUUGAGAAGAAACAAGAGCUAGAGAAGAGACUACUGGAUGUCAAUGGUCAACUAAGCCCAAAGAAGCAGAACUUCAAAUUUGAAAAUCCUGCUGAGGCCUGUGUUGGACCUAGCCGACUGAGCGACAGCAGCAGCAGCGGCGGCUCCUCGGACUCCGGCAGCAGCAGCACCGGUAGCGUGUCCAGCUCCUCCGAGAGCAGCGACUCCGAAGCGGAAACAUGCUUAAAACAGAACAGAAGCAGGCAGAAUUGUCCAAUUUCUAUGGAACAAGCUAAGGUAUCUGAUACAACUUCCCACGUAGAUGUUAUUCAUUGGACUAAGCAAGCUGAGAAAACAGUAAUAAAUCCAGAUAAAUCAAAUAAACUUCAAAACAACAAUGAUGACAGAGCUGCUGAUUCAAAAUCCAUAAGUCAAGAACAAAGUCAUUCUGACACAUCUGCCAAUGAUAAAAACCCAUUAGAACCAAAAUCUCAGAUUCUUCCUAAAAAGGAUACAGGAAUUAAGAAUAUAGAUUCCUGGCUAACCUUAUGUAAAACGAUGAUGCUUCCAGCUCCAAUAAAAACAUCUGUUGACUGCUUCAAACAGUUCCGAAAAGCAGCACUAGAGAAGAGGAGUGAGCAAGCCCGGGAGAUAGCAAGGUCCCUGGUGCAAGCUGAAUAGGAACUGCACAGC